GGGCGGAAGUCGGGAGGGUCGGUGGUCCGAAGACGCUGGCUUGUGACAGGGCGGGGUAGAAGGAAGGCCUACAUAAAGGUUGCCUCUCCAUCCCUUCGCUCCCGGGGACCCUCGGAAAAAACCCGACACCCCGGUCCCGCGGCUAGCCCCUUCCCCCAGGCUCUCUCCGCUCGAUUUCGCCACCGUUAUGUGGGAAGCGAAUCCGGAGAUGUUUCACAAAGCAGAAGAAUUUUUACCCGGAACGGCAAAUAGUGAGAUGGAUGAGAUGGACACGUCAGACACCCAGUGGGGCUGGUUUUACCUGGCGGAGUGCGGGAAGUGGCACAUGUUUCAGCCGGACACCAACAUUCAGUGUACAGUUAGCAGUGAAGAUAUCGAAAAAAGCUUCAAAACAAACCCUUGUGGCGCCAUUUCUUUUACUACUUCCAAAUUCAGCUACAAGAUAGACUUUGCAGAAAUGAAGCAAAUGAAUCUCAUCACUGGAAAACAGCGCUUAAUAAAAAGAGCCCCCUUUUCUAUCAGUGCUUUCAGUUAUAUAUGUGAAAACGAGGCUAUCCCCAUGCCCCCGCACUGGGAGAACGUGAACACUGACGUGCCCUAUCAGCUUAUUCCUUUGCACAAUCAAACACAUGAGUAUAAUGAAGUUGCUAGUCUCUUUGGGAAAACAAUGGAUCGCCACAGAAUUAAAAGAAUUCAGAGAAUUCAAAAUCUGGACUUGUGGGAGUUCUUCUGCAGGAAAAAGGCUCAGCUCAAGAAAAAACGAGGCGUGCCUCAGAUUAAUGAACAGAUGCUCUUUCAUGGUACCAGCAGUGAAUUUGUGGAAGCAAUUUGCAUUCAUAACUUCGAUUGGAGAAUAAAUGGUAUACAUGGUGCUGUCUUUGGGAAAGGAACCUAUUUUGCUAGAGAUGCUGCUUACUCCAGUCGCUUCUGCAAAGAUGACAUAAAGCACGGAAACACAUUCCAAAUUCAUGGCGUCAGCCUGCAACAGCGGCAUCUGUUCAGAACGUAUAAAUCUAUGUUUCUUGCUCGAGUGCUAAUUGGGGAUUACAUAAACGGAGACUCCAAAUACAUGCGGCCUCCUUCCAAAGACGGGAGCUAUGUGAAUUUAUACGACAGCUGUGUGGAUGAUACCUGGAACCCAAAGAUCUUUGUGGUGUUUGACGCCAACCAGAUCUACCCUGAGUACUUGAUAGAUUUUUAUUGAUUUCACUUCCAAAUCUCAGUGGGCAAGGAAGUUCUAGUCUGUUUUGCAGGAAGAUUUGCUCUCCUGUCAUCUAGCCACUAAAUGUUCACUAUCUGAUACUUUUGAAACAGAUAUGGAAAAAAGUGGCGUCCAUAUAAAAAGGCAUACUGACUUGAAGGUUGGUUUUUUUGUUGUUCUGUUUUUGUCCGUUGCUCGUAGUCUUAUCUGUUAAAGAUUGAUAACCAUUGCCAUUUUAACACAGAGGUGAAAGAUAGCACUCAAAACUGAAUCAGCUGGGUCUCAAUUAACAUGAUCAUUCAGAGUCUGUAAAGUUUACAUGUGUGUUCUAUUUAUUCAUAUAUAUGUUGAAAAAAUAAAAAAAAAAAAAACAGACAUAACUGUGUCCCUUCAGAAGAACUGAUCCUUUGUAAGUUGAAUUCUGAGAGUAUUGCCCACCAAUCAAUAUGUUGCCUUUGUUGGUCUUCUGAAGUGGGAAUUUUAAUUUUUUUUAAUGUUUAUUUAUUCUUUGAGAGAGAGAAAGGGGGGGGGGGGGCGGGGAGAGAGAGAGAGAGAGAGAGAGAGCAUGAGCAGGGGAGGGGCAGAUAGAGGGAGACAGAAUCUAAAGCAGGCUCCAGGCUCUGAGCUGUCAGCACAGAGCCCGACGCAGGGCUUGAACUCAUGAACCACAAGAUUAUGACCUGAGCUAAAGUUGGACACUUAACCGACUGAGCCACCCAGGCGCCCCCUGAAGUGGGAAUUUUAAACCCUGAGGCAGUCUGAGUACCUUGAGAGAACUCAGAAAUAAAGCCAUUAUUUACAGUGCUGCCAGACCAGCCAGAGGGAGAAAGUCAAGGUAGAGUGUCCUGCUUCUGAUUGCGUCUGGAGGGCAGGCUGCCAUCUCAUUCUCUUGUCCCCACGUUGACAGCUGCAGAGGGCAGUUAGCCCACAAUUCCUCCACCGGGGCUCUUGAACUCUGGUUGCAGGACUUGCUGCACACAGUGUUUAUUGCACCUUCAAAGUGAAACCCCUUUGUUUUGAGUAGCAAAAUGACAAUCUGCGAGCUCUUGAACAGUUAGAUACAAUUUAUAAUCAUGCCUAAUACAACUUUGUGUACCUGUUUCAUCUAUUUUGCUAUUAUUCUAUUCUGAAGAAGAAUAGGCAAUGUUGGAACAGCUUCCCGCCCCUGUAGAUACUCUGGCAGAGACUAGACAAAACCUUGGCAGAAAUGUCAUACCAGAGUUCAGGUAUCAGAUGGGGGAAUCGGCCAGAUGAUUGCUGUUUCCCAACCUUGAUUGUCCAUGGUUCUUCCUGAAAAAAAGAAUACACUUGUAUCAAGCCUGGCCAGAAAACCGUUUCCUAACUCAGUAUAAUAGUGAAUUCUCUUCCCAUUAUCCUCAUUCAGUUUUGGCCGAGAGGUUGUGAACAUAACUUAACUUCUCAGGAAAAAGCCAGUAAGUGCCCAGGCCUGUGUGCCUCGUUUCAAUCAUUUGAAUUGGGAAGAUAUCUAGAAAUAAUAAAAAUAAAGAGAAUGGAGCAAGAUUAGGCAUGGUAAUUCUUUAACUGCCAUAAGUCCCCAGAUUUAUUGUAGCCCAGAGUACAUGUAACUGCGCAAUUCAGAGUAAGUAGUACACAGGAAACUGUUACGUACAACACUCUGAAACCAAGCAGCAACAAAGACUUCCUGACCCAGCUGCACACCCUUGCAGCCAGCUCCCAUGAAAUGCUGUGAGUAUUUAGGAAGAGCCCAUUUUAGAAACACACAGAGGUUAUUAUGGAAAUAAUUGGAGGAAAAGUCCCUAGACAACCUUGUGAGAGGCUCUAGAUUCAUUCACCAGAAAACAACUAGAGACAUCAGGAAUUCCGAUUUUGAAAAUCUUUUUGUUCCAUGUAUUUGUUAUUUACACACACACAAAAUGCUAUGGUGACCCCCACUUCAACAUGGAUGUCUUGUUUUCAGUUUAACACGAUUGCCCUUCCCAUCACUCGAAAGGAAUAAGUGUGGUAGCAUUUGGGGGUUCUUCUUGUGCAGACCUUAUCUGAAGGUGUGACCGAGAGCCCUAACUUGAGGUUUGCAAGGCAGUCUGCCUGAACUCUGAACUUCCCUAGCUGGCUCACACGUAGUAAGUAGAGUGCAUCGCAACAUUGUAAGAGAGGAUUCUUUCUUUUCCUCUUGUCUGACAAUGUAGUCCAACUCUCCUUUUAUAAGAAAGAGCUGAUUUUGAUCAAUUUUUUCAGUGUGAUAGUGUAGCAUUAAUUGAUGUUAAAAUUCUGUUUGUUUUGAUCAAUAGAUUGAGUUGAGAAAUCGUAAUUAGUAUAUAAACAGACUGGACACAACCAUCUGCCACCUUUUCCUCUUGUCCUCACGUAGUAUGUGUGGAGAGAGUAAAGAGAACCUAUUCCAGAUUAAUGAAUAAAUCACUUUUAAAAGUCUAUGUUGAAUAAAUUCCAGCUGAUAGCGACUUUUCUUUUUCUCUUUGGUGACAUCAGUCUCAGGGUAAAAAAAAAAAAAUGUGUUUAUGAGAAACAGUUUCAAAAUCUUGUGGUUAUGAACAGGAAGGCUUUUUUUUUUUUUUUUUUAAUUAGUGCAACUUUCAUUUCUAGACUGUUACGGUGAUGAUAAAGCAUUUGGAGCCAUUUUUGAUAUGUGAAUGUAUUGUUUUUACAUGUGGUGAUUAAAGCUUUCCGUAGCAGGG